ACUGCGCAAUAUAUCCGUUCGGUGGAAGCUCAGGGGAAGAUUCGUUCUUGGAAAUCCUCGAUUCGAUUCCGCGAGAAUUCAUAUGAAAUUGCUUCUCUACGUCGGCGGUUGUGGGGUGCAGCAGUCUAUCAUGGCGGGAUUGUUUUUUAAAGCUCCGAUCAUUUGGUCAUUCUGAGAGAACAUCAAGAAACAAAACGUUACUGGAACCUCAAAUUUUUUGGUGACUCAGCUGAUGUCCAGUUAUUGUGUUUCGAGAACUGAAUUCAUCAUCACACAUGUCUGCCAAUUUUCGGAAGAAGAAAUGCAUUGUGACAUCGUGUUCGCGAUCAACGGACGACGGUGUGAAACUCCAUCGCUGUGGGGAAAAUCAUCAAGAAAUCGGGAAAGCUCUCGGUAAAUUCAACAUCACGAAGAACACCUACAUCUGCUCGCUACAUUUCGAGCCGUCAUGUUUUUCUCGCAAAGGAGGGCUGAACCCCGAUGCUUUGCCGACUUUGCUGCUCAACGCCGACGCGCCAUCGGUCAAGCACUGCGACGUACCCUUCUGCCCGAACACGGAUGCUGACGUCGUUUUCUUCAAAGGACGUCCCGCAUUCGCAGCUAUCGGAAAGGAGAUUGGCGUCGAUUUGACCAAGGGAUGGAUUUGCGGGGAACAUUUCGAGGAAGACUACGUGGACGACAAAGGUCGCUUGAAAGCCAAUGCCCUACCGACCUUAGGGUUCGUCACCGAGGACACCGACGGCGCCUUGAACCAAGUGACGGUUCACGUUGUCAGCUCGAAUCAAGACAGCACCGUGGACUUGAUGCUAUCCGAUGAUGUUGUAGCCGAUAUCGUCGACGAUUGUAAAGAUCUCGAAGUCCGCGCAGAAAAUAACAAACUCAGGCUUGAGCUACAAAAAACUCAGGAGAAGCUAGAGAGUCUACGGAAAACAGUGAAGCUUCUACAGGACGACCUAGUGACCAAGAAACGGAAAAUCGACAAUCUAGAAGCUGAACUCAGACUUGCGAACAAGGCCGCCCGACACUUCGAAGUUCGUAUCGUGAACGAAUAAUUCUCCGUGGUUGACUGGGGGAUAUCUCAGUCUUGUAUAUAACAAUUUUAUUGACCAGCAAGUUCCGCAGCUCGAACUUAUCUUACUGUAAAUC